AUGUUUUUUCUUAAGGAAAAUCAAAGAGAGGUUAAGAAAAAAGAAAAAGAGUUAGAAGCAAUUAAAAACAAAAAAAACUCCGAAUUGGAACAAUUAAAAAAUGAUAAAAGUAUUGAUAGUUCCCGAAAACAAGCCGAAUUAACAAAAAAAUUGGAAAAAUUAGAGCAAUUGGCAAAAGCCAAAGUCAACAAAAAUACUCAACGGCCACAAGCUGAUAAUGAGUUCCCAACUGCCGAUAAAUCGAAGCCAAAAAAAUACAUUUUGGCUAUGUUUCCUUAUCCAUCAGGCAGCGGUUUACAUGUCGGACAUAUCCGUAAUUAUACUAUUACUGACGCCCUGGCCCGCUUUUAUCGAAUGAAAGGCUAUGAG